CGCCCCGCCCAUCUGCGCCUGACCUUUGACAGCGCCCGCCACGGCGCCAAUGCCUCGCGCCGAGACCGCCACCGCAAAUCCAAUAUUCCCCGAGGCCGCGGCCGCCGACGUGACGCAUCAGACUCGGACGACGACUCGGACGAUGGUUCGGCCAUCCACGUGGCUUCUCCCAGAAAACGCAAGCAGGACAGGGACAGACACUCGAGGCCGGGUGGCGGCCGAGCGCGUGCUGCCGGCGUGCUCGGCACAAACGUACACAGCUCCAUAGCAGGCAUUUCUACCAGUAACGCCCUUGCCCAGCUUGCCCCUCCGCCGGCCGACGCGAAACCUGGCAGCAAGUGGGCGCCCUGGAAGAAGCUGACCGAAUACGAAAUGGCUGUCCUGCGCAAGCAAAUGAAGAAGAACGCCGUGUGGACACCCAGCCAGACCAUGAUGAUCCGUGAACUCGAGAAGAAGCAUCGUACCGAGGCCGACUACGAGCGGGAGAAGGCUCGAUGUGAGGCGACGGGCGAGCCUUUUAUGGACGAAGAGCCGGAGACUUUGCAACAGAUCAUGACGGCAUCCGGGCUAGGGCCGCUGGCUGGACAGGGUCCACAGCAAGCCAAUCCACCUGCGUCGACUGAGCCGGUAGAGGAAGAAGCCAGGGACGAGACUGGUCCUGUCAGCAUCCGCCUCAAGCCCGUCGCACAGGAAGAGGGUAAGAGGUUCGACCGCAGUUCACAACGCCAAAAGGCCAUGCAGGAUGCCCAAGAACUCAUUGGGGCCUCUGAAAAGAUCAAAGAGGCUGCUGACGGACUCAAGGAACUCAACUUCAACUCUACCGUCGCAUCACCUGCAGGGCAGAGAAAGGCGUCAACUAGAUCUUCGAGUAAACGGAAACGCGACACAUCACUCCCGCCUGCCACGGAUAGCCCCACGCAAGCCACUCGAGAAGCCUCCGUGGCCACUCAAGACAGCGCAACGAAACCACCAGAAGCAAAGCGCGCACGGCUACAGCUCAUUGCACCGGCGCCCAAUGCUACUUCCUCUCCGAUACCGACUCCUGGCUCCACCGUUUCCACACCGCGAGAUUUUUCCACGCCUACGAUGCACUCGCCAAUGGCACAUACCCCUGUACCGAAUCCAGAACCUGUCAAGUCUUCAACCGACACCGUUGUUGUACAGGCGCCGCAUGCAUCGGCCAGACCUAGUACCCCAAAGGCCGAGAAGACUGGGUCAAGAGAGCCCAGCCCAGAACUGACGCCCUUGGGGACAUCACCAGUACUCUCUGAGCCGUCGCAUCGUGUGCCCGAGCCAUUGCCAUCACCCUCGCCAGCACCACUAUCCACCCAGGGUCCAGAUCAUGAGUCUCUCUCCGUCC